GAGGAGGAGUGAGAAGAUUAGAAGUGAAGGACAGUAUGGGUAUAAAUAGAAGGAUAAAUGUAGCAUGGUUUAUUGUGAUUCCUGUUUUCUUUGAUAUUUGAACAUUAAGUCUCUGAUAUAAUACAGUUAUAUUAACAACAGUAAAAAGUGCAGCACAAACCGUUAUGUGACUAAAGAUUCAAACACAAGCUCACAGUUUAAGGAGCGGGAAGACUCCUGUAGCGUCUCUGCUGACACCGGAGCUCAUUUACAUAACAAUCCACCACACCACAACCACGGGAGCGGGUAUAAAAACCCAGACUUCAGCUCUGCAGGGAAGUGAACUCACAUCAGGAGGUUUGACCAACAGCUGAGCAAUCAUGGGAAAGAUCAUCUUCUACGAGGACAGGAACUUUGAGGGCCGUCACUAUGAGUGCAUGAGUGACAGCUCCGACCUGCGCUCCGUGUUCGAGCGCUGUCGCUCCAUCAGGGUGGAGAGCGGCAUGUUCAUGAUCUACGACCGCUCCGGGUACAUGGGGAACCAGUGCUUCAUGAAGAAGGGAGAGUACUCCGACUACAUGGGCAUGGCCGGCGGCCUGAACGAGUGCGUGAGGUCCUGUCGUAUGAUCCCCAUGCACCGCGGCAGCUACAAGAUGAGGCUGUACGAGCACUUCGACAUGGGAGGCGAGAUGAUGGAGCUGACCAGCGACUGCCCCAGCCUCAUGGACCGUUUCCACAACACCAACAUCAACUCCUGCAACGUGAUGGACGGACACUGGCUGAUGUACGAGCAGCCCAACUACAGGGGGCGCCACUUCUACCUGAAGCCCGGCCAGUACAAGAGCUUCAGCGACUGGAGCGGAAACAACUCCCGCGUGGGCUCCAUCAGGCGCCUCAUGGACCUCUAAAGACGGACGCCCGGUUCUUGUGAAAUGUCUGCUCUUUGCUCUGUUUCACACGCUGAAUAAAAUGGCCUCAGUGCUCAA